AUGAAUUCAUCCACAAAUAAUCAUAAUAAAUGGAAACGUUCUAUGACUAUCAAUAAUUUAGAACAAUUUCAUCGUAAUAUUAUUACAUUUACAGAAAAACGUAAUCAAAGCAUAAAACAUUCAAAAUCAUUACAUAAAUCUCUAUGUCGUAGUAAAUCUUUGAUUCAAUUAAAAACUAAUAAAAAUAUUAUGAAUGAAUAUGAAUUACGUCAAAUUAAUGAUUUAUUAAAUGAAAUUGAUAAUAAUCAAAUGAAUUCAACUACUACUACUAAUGAAACUACUAACAAUCAUAAUGAAACAAUUGUUAAUUUAAACAAUAUGAUUCAAUUACCAAUAAUUGAAAAUGAAUUAACUAAUUUAGAACGUUUAUAUUUAUAUGCUGCAGAACAAGGUGAUUUAGGUACAAUUAAACAAUUAACUGAUCAAUCCAUUGAAUUAAAAUUAAAUUUAAAUUGUACUGAUACAUUAGGACGUGAUGUAUUACGUAUUGCAAUUGAAAAUGAACAUAUGGAAUUAUUACAAUUUCUUGUUAGUUUACCUAAUUUAGAAUUAAAAGAUUGUUUAUUACAUGCUAUCAAUGAAGAUAAUGUUUUAGCUGUAGAAAUUAUAUUACAUGCACAAACAGAACGUGGUAGUAAAAAAAAUUUAAAGGUUAGUGUUUUUCUGUAA